GUGACCAGACAUUCACUACAACAUUAACAGAAGCCCUGACAUCAUAUUUCCAAACUAAUGAUACGCCGGAUGUCCAUCCGACCACUGUGUGGCAAGCCCAUAAAGCGGUCAUCAGAGGACUCCUCAUCAGCAGAGCCUCCUUUUUAAAAAAGAAAGCACAACAAGAACACCUACACCUGCUGUGCACUUUAAGAGACGCAACAGCGGCAAACAUAGUAGACCCAUCACCACAACUAGCACAGACGAUCCAUGAUACUACGACGAGUAUCAACAACAUGGCAAUCUCUAAAACAGCACACAUUUUACAUAAGCUGAAACAAAAAACCUACUCACAAGGAAACAAAGCAG